UCUUUUCAAAUUUUGCUGACAGUUCAGGUUACUAAAUUUAUAGUAAAUAUUCUGUAAUUGAUCUAUGCCAUUUUUCGCAUCUUUUGGAGCAAGUUAAUGGGUUUUGGAGAUCUGAUCUGCUGGAAAAUAGAUCAAAUCUUAGUGAUAUUGGCUUCAAAAAAUUUGAAAAAAUAAAUAAUAAUAAAAAUAAAUAAAUAAAUUUUAUUUGAUUUCAUUGAAUCAUUUCUUAAAAAUUUGGAUUGAUUUUUCAACUGCAAGAAUGUUUUGAUGUGAUUCAUUAUGUAUGGAAAGUUAUAAUUUUUUAUUUAUUUUUUUAAUCGUGAAGUCUUACGGAUUUGAAAUGGGUGUGUUAGCGAAUCCAUGUGAGUUUUUUUGGUUAAUACUGCUAAAGUUUAAAAUGUGAUCUUGGAGAGAUGGUGGUUCUUGUAGAAGGGAAUUGACCUCCAAUUGCUGCUGAUGGUUGAGGACUAGAUCUAGCAUUAGUUUCUGUGGUUGAAUACAAUUGGUGCUUGGAUCAAAGACUUGGUGGAGAAUAUCUGUUAUGUUAUUGUUCCAGUAGCUGCUUGUUGGUCUUGCAGGCUGUAGAUGAAUAAUUUCAAUCCGACGGCUAUAAGUCAAGAUGAAAAUGCUUUUGAUCUUCUUUUUGUAAUCUUACAGGUUUUCUUUAUUUUAAGACGAUGGAAGCUUGAAACUUCUCGAGAGUCCCUCAGAUUAUUGAAAAAAACAGGUUAUCUGUGUCAAGGUUUUGUAUCUUUCACUUCUUAUGGUAAUAAAAAUGUUCUUGCAAUAAUGGUGGCUGAAGGCCCUUAUUCGGGGGCACAUUUAGUGGACCACAAAUGUGGUUGGGAGCACAGGUAGAUAAACCAGCAGUUGAGGAAUUAAUGGAAACUAAUGAUGGGUUAAACUAGCAUAUUUGCUCUGUGGAGUAAGGCUGUAGUUCCCUUGCUGCCGAAGGGGUUCUCGCACAAGUGUCGACCUUACUCAAGAAAGGUUUAUGUUGAUGGAUUAAAGGAAAUCGUUGGAGAUGCGCCUCUAAUUGACGAACAUAUUGAGUUCAUAGUUCAUACAGAUGACCACAGCUAUAUCUAUUGAAGAUGUAAGAAAGGAGGUGAAAAUAUUGCGAGCCUUGACGGGGCAUAGCAAUCUAAUACAAUUUUAUGAUGCAUAUGAGGACCACGAUAACGUCUAUAUUGUGAUGGAGUUAUGUGAAGGAGGAGAGCUUUUGGAUAGAAUACUUUCAAGGGGUGGGAAAUACACUGAAGAUGAUGCCAAAACUGUGAUUAUACAGAUUCUGAACGUUGUUGCAUUCUGCCACCUUCAGGGGGUGGUGCAUCGGGAUCUUAAACCAGAGAAUUUCUUGUUUACAUGCAAGGAUGAAAACUCACAAUUGAAAGCCAUAGACUUUGGGUUAUCAGAUUUUGUGAAACCAGAUGAAAGACUAAAUGACAUUGUUGGCAGUGCAUAUUAUGUAGCACCCGAAGUACUACACAGAGCAUACAGUACAGAGGCUGAUGUUUGGAGUAUCGGUGUUAUAGCAUAUAUAUUAUUAUGCGGAAGCCGCCCAUUUUGGGCUCGAACUGAGUCCGGGAUCUUCCGUGCCGUAGUAAAAGCCGAACCAUCUUAUGAAGAACAACCUUGGCCUGCUCUAACGUCGGAGGCAAAAGACUUUGUUAAACGCCUACUAAAUAAGGAUCCUCGGAAAAGAAUGACUGCAGCUCAAGCAAUGUGUCAUCCUUGGAUAAAAAAUAGUAAUGAUAUCAAAGUGCCUUUGGAUAUACUCGUAUUCAAACUCAUGAAAGCUUAUAUGCGUUCAUCUCCACUACGGAAAGCUGCAUUAAGGACUUUGUCCAAAACAUUGACUGUAGAGGAGCUAUUCUAUUUAAAGGAACAGUUUGCACUACUGGAACCAAACAAAAAUGGCACCAUAAGCUUCGAUAAUAUCAAAGCGGCCUUGACAAAGAAUGCAACUGAUGCCAUGAAAGAGUCUCUCGUAUAUGACUUUCUUGCUUCGCUUAAUGCACUUCAGUACAGAAGGAUGGAUUUCGAAGAAUUCUGUGCUUCUGCAUUAAGUGUCCAUCAGCUCGAAGCCCUUGAGCGGUGGGAGCGACAUGCUCGUUGUGCCUAUGAACUCUUCGAGAAGGAUGGCAACCGGACUAUCAUGAUUGAGGAAUUGGCUUCGGAGCUUGGUUUGAGCCCAUCUGUUCCGGUGCAUGCUGUUCUUCAUGACUGGAUUAGACACACGGAUGGAAAGCUUAGCUUUCUUGGAUUUGUCAAGUUGUUGCAUGGUGUUUCCAGCCGAUCCCUUGUGAAAAUACAAUGACAACUUCGAGUGCCGCUCUAAACCUGACUUUUCUUGUGCCUAACAAGCUACCGGAAAAUAGAAAAAUGGUGGAUAAUAUGCUUUCAAAAUUCUGUUCUUGAAAAUUUGCACCUUCUGCAAAAUACAUUGGUGCAGUGCGAUUUUCGCUGAUGUAAGGUUCAAGCAACAGGAAGUUAGCUACCUGUUUGAUGUUGGACGAUCCGACUGGGACUAUAGCAUUGGAUCAUGUACGUUUCCGCUGUGUAGAUCUAAUUGGUUGUAUGUUAUUGCAAGUGAAUAUUUCUCGGCUGGUAAUGGGACAUUCUUACCUUAAAUCUUCUGACAUAUUGGUUAACCUUGACGUCUUCAACUGCCUUGUAUCUUCUGUUCUGUACACUAGAAAAUCCAUUGAUUUUUUGAGUUCGUA